AUGCCGUCCUGGGCCAUUGUGGGAGCAACGCGAGGAAUAGGUUUUGAAUACGUGAAUCAGCUAUCAUCUGACGCGAAGAAUGAAGUCUUUGCUCUGAUCAGGAGUCAGAAGACUGCUGGGCCGCUCAAUGAGCUGGCUGCAUCUCGAAAGAACAUACAUGUACUUGAGACGGAUAUAGGCAAUCCUACAAAGUUGAAAGAGACUGCAGGAGAAAUUGGCAGCAUCGGUGGCGGCAAGCUGGAUGUUCUAGUUUACAAUGCAUUUUUCCAUGGGGACUCAGCAGAGCUCAGUCCAAGCGCAUUUGCCGGAAGAGAAGAAGAACUAGAAAACUAUUUCUUCGAACCGCUCAAAGUGAACGUAUUGCACCUCAUCCACACCGUCAACGCAUUUCUCUCUUUGAUCAAAAAGGGAAUGGAGAGGAAGAUUAUUUACAUUUCUUCUCCUAGCGGAGAUCUCGAGUUCAAUCGAGUCAGCGAACUAUCUACUGCAGUGGGCUACUCUAUAAGUAAGGCUGCAGGGGCAUUAGUCAUGACCAAGUAUGCCUCUGAGCUGAAAUCGGAGGGCAUCCGGGCUCUAUCCAUCUCGCCGGGCUGGGUUGAAACCGACGCAGCAAAAGAUCUUAUUACCUCUCCUGGGGCAUUCGAGGUGAUUCUUUCUACUCUGAGAAAGUAUAAUCCGAAUGUUAAAGGAAUGAUUUCACCAAAGGAAUCGGUAGAAUCCAUGCUUUCCGUUAUCAAGGGUCUCGAUGAGAGCACCAGCGGCAAAUUCUUAUCUCACAAAGGCAAUCUUGAAUGGUUCUAG